UUCACAAAAAAAAAAUCACUUUUUAAUUAAACACAACAGUAUUAAUUUUUUUGAAGUGUGUAAAAAUACGGAAAAAAAUUCGUGAUAAAAUAACCAAAGUAGCUGCCGCAAAUAAAUACUUUUAUCAAAGUGCAAAAAGUGCAAAAAAGCGCAAAAUAACUGUUUUGUUCAGCCUACGCAUCAAUUACGUGCAGUAAAUUCUUAUCAACAGCUGAUUAAAAUUUCACACAAAUCACAACACUACAGACCAAGUGCAAAUUGAAGAAAGUACAAACAGAUACAGCGGCAAAAUGACUAUGGAGCGUGAACGUUUGGAGGAGCAGAGCAAAUUUGUGCCGCACAAGCAUAAAUAUGAAAUUGUCCCCGCCACCGAUAAAGCGCAUCAACAGACACAACACUAUCAGCAGCUGCAGCAUCAGCAAGCUCUGCUACAGAUACAACAACAUAAUCAUCUUACACAUCAGAAUGUACAUAAUCACAAUCAAUUACAGCACAUACAACAACAAAAUUUUGCACAAUCACGUCGGCGCUCAAGACUCUCAUCGAUCGCUUCGUAUUUGUCAGCGGUGCCGGAUGAGAAGGCUGCCAAACGCGGUGUUUUCCAUCAGAUUCUCUCCACCUGCGCUGUUUUGGUGCUCUCUGCCGCCUGUGGCAUGCCCAUCGGCUAUUCGGCGGUACUUUUGCCACAAUUAUCGGAUGUGAAUUCGACCACAGCGGAGAUUGCGAUUGAUGUUGAAAUGGGCUCAUGGAUUGCGAGUGUUCACAGUUUGGCCACACCGGUCGGCUCGCUGAUUUCUGGUUCUUUGGCAGAUUUUGUGGGUCGUCGUUCUACUUUGUUGCUUUCAAUCAUACCACUUUGUUUGGGCUGGUUUACGCUGGCGUUAACUCAAUCAUUUCCCGUUAUCAUAGUGGGACGUUUACUUUGCGGCUUUUCUACCGGCUUACUUGGUGGACCCGGACAGGUUUACAUCGCUGAAACCGCCGAGCCCAAUCUACGCAGUAUACUUAUCGGCGCACCAUAUGUCUCCUACUCAUUGGGCAUACUCAUCGUUUAUUCGCUCGGUUCGGCAUUACAUUGGCGGCACGUGGCCUGGUGCGCCUGCAUAUUACCCGUCUGUGCGGCGCUUGCACUCUUCUUCAUACCCGAAACGCCUGCUUGGCUGUUGCGUAACAAUAAACACGCCAAGGCGCUGAAAGCGCUCACCUUUCUGCGUGGCAGCGAGAUAAUUGCACAUAAAGAAAUGAACGAUAUGAAGGAACGUUUGAACAAAGAACGCGCUACAACGCGCACCAAUGAGAACAUCUUCCAGCUAUGCACCGAACGUUGUGCGAUGAAACCGCUCCUUAUUGUCAUCACCUUUUCGCUAUUGCAAAUGUUAUCGGGCUCAUUCAUAGUCAUCUUCUACGCCAUCGAUAUUAUAGCUGAUUUUGGCGCUGAUAUCGAUACAAAAUCGGCUGCCAUUUGGACAGCGGCUGUGCGCAUGUUGUGUUCGCUCGUUUUCUGUGUUAUACUACUAUUCGUGCGACGCCGUCGCAUCUUAGCGAUAUCGAGUAUCGGUUCGGGUCUCAGUUGUUUAGUGUUGAGUGUGUAUAUGUAUGCGCGUAUGGGAAUGCCGAAGAGUGGCACAGAUGUGCUCAUCUCAGCAGGCUGUCUCUUCGCUUACAUUACCUUCAACACAGCCAUUAUGGUAAUGCCGGGCAUUAUGAUCGGUGAACUCUUCCCAGCGCGUAUACGUGGACGUACGGCGGGUGGUGUUUUCGCCGCCAUGAAUGUGGGUCUCUUCGGUCUGACGAAAAUCUUUCCACUCGUGCAAUCGAUUAUAAAGAUGCGUGGCAUUUUUAUGGUUUUUGCGAUCUCUAGUUUUAUGGUCACCGUUUUCAUGGGUCUCUUUCAGCCGGAGACGAAGGGACGUUCGUUGGAUCAAAUCGAAGAUUACUUCAAUGAGAAUAACUGGUUGUGGUUCAAACGGGACAAGCGCUACAAGCAGAUAGCUUUGGCUGAGAAAACAGCCAAGGCGGCCUUAAAGGCUGAGAUGCGCGCUUAAGCCUUGGGAGGUGGGGAUGUUGGAAAGACAUUUUGUUAUAAAAAUAAAAUAAUAUAAGAAAAAAUAAUAAUUUUGUCAAGUAAUUAUGUAAAAUAUUGUGAGAAACUCACUAAGAAUCUAAAUGUGAUUGAAUAAAACAUCUUCUGGAAAAUUUUUUUAUUAGACCGUUAGUAGACACGAGCCAGUGGAAAUGUUAUAAAAAAAAAUAUUUUUUAAAAGCCAAAAGCUAUGAAAAGUGUCUUGAAUUUAUUGAAAAUUUAUUCUCAAAAUGUAUAAAAAGAAAACUUUUUAAAUUAAGUUAGUUUAUAAGUCGCUCAAUUACCUCGUAAAAAUUGCUUUACAGUUAGUACUAACUCGUUAUAUAAUACAAUAUAUAUAUUAAGUUACUCUGAGUACUUCCUUAGUUAGAAAAAAUAACUAAAAUAAAUAAGAAAUAAAAAAAACUUUCCUUAU